AUGACUGAGGUCGAGAUUCCGGAAGUAACAACUUCUUCAGAUGAGUCUACCAGAAUUAUAGAGAAAAGUUCCAAGAUCAUAACUGCUUACCAACAUGCAUUGAUUCGUCUUCCUUCAGAAGGAUUGAAAAUUGUUCAGCUCAGACCAGAUGGAGUUAUCAGUUUGGGAAAAUUCGGAUCUUUUGAAGUAAAUGAAAUUCUUGGAUUUCCGUUCGGUCAAUCGUUUGAAAUUCUCGAAAACUUGAAAGUCAAGCCUACCAAAAGUAUUUCUCAGUUGCAUGACGAUGGAGAAGCUGGGGAAAACAGUGAUGAAGCUAUUGAAGACGUAGAAAAAGAGAAAGAUGAACUUACCAAGAUGUUUUCCAACAGUGCCGAACACAACCAGAAUAUCAUAAAUAUCGGCUCUAAGAUUCAAAAGUUGUCCAAUGAAGAAAUUGACGAACUCAAGAAGUCUGGUGCUACUUCCAAGAUCGGGCAGACCAUCAUUGAGAAGAUGAUUGCUGGUCAUGAAGGUUUCGAAAAGAAGACCAUUUUUUCCCAACAGAAGUAUUUGAAAAGAAAACAGCAGAAAUUUUUGAGGAGAUUCACUGUAGAGUACCUUGGUGCUUCGCAGCUCUUACAAUACUACAUUGAAAAAGACAUUCAAAGGGUUUUAGAUAUGAGUGAAGAAUCGUUAGGUUUGCUCAUGACUUACGCCAACAUCAGGCCUGGUGGAAGGUAUCUUGUUAUUGAUGAAACUGGUGGUGUCAUACUAUACGCUAUGAUGGAAAGAAUGAAGGGCCAAGGGUCUAUUGUUCUUGUACACGACAAUGAGCACCCUAACAUUAUUGCUCUUAGGCAUUCAGACUACCCUGAAGAGUCAAUUAAUAGUAUGAUCAAGACCAUCAACUGGCUUCAGUUUGUAGAGCCAGAUAAUGAGAAGAUUGAUUGGGAAGAUGCCACAGCAGAAGAAUUGGAGGAGAUGAAGCCUCUGAAGAGAGCUCAAUAUGAUAGAAGAUCCAAGAGAGCUCACGAAAUUAACGAGGUCAUAAAUAUCGUUCAAGAGGGUAACUUUGAUGCUCUUGUUUCGGUCAGUUCAUUACAUAUGCCUACACUUUUGGAACAUGUCCUUCCCACCAUUGGGGGAUCACGUCCUGUUGUGAUAUAUAACCAAUUCAAGGAAUUGCUAUUGGAAACACAGCACUUCUUGAUGUCUGACAAAAGAGUGUUGGCUCCUUCAAUUUUUGAAAGCAGAGUAAGAGCAUACCAAACCAUUCCAGGACGUAUGCAUCCGUUGAUGACCAUGAGAGGUUUUGGUGGCUAUGUGUUGUGGGGUACUAGAGUUAUUCCAAAGGAAAGUGGAGUACAAGCCAUAGGAAGAGGUAUUAUCAAGAGAAAGAGAGAAGAUACUCCUAGUACUGAGGAUGAAAAGUCGGACAAAAAACCCAAAGAAGAAUAA